UUUUAUCAAAAUCUUAAAUGAAUAUGAGUCACUCUGCUCAAGGCGCAAAUUCACAAGGACCUAAGGUCCCAGAUAAAAUAACAUGUUAUGGCUGUAAUAAAAAUAAACCUGCUCAUUCCUUCUCAAAAACACAAAUUGCGAAGUACAUGUCGAACAUCCAUAACGAAUAUGCCCCUAAAGGGAGGACUACAAAGAAACAUCAUAUUAUGUGCAAACAAUGCACUCCACAACAGAACAGCUCGUUGACCUGUAUGAUUUGUACGCGAACUAAACCAUUGGACUCGUUUGCAAAGGCUCAAAGAAAAAAUGCUGAAAAAGCGAGGUGCCUUGAAUGUAUGAAAAAACGUGAAGAAGAUGACAUUGAUGACAGUGAGCCGGAUACAGAUUCUGACGGAUCAUUUAAUGAAACUUGGGAUGAUAUCUUGUAAAUGUGUAAAGCUAUAAAGGGUGAUAAUAGAUUUAGAUGAUUAUCCUUAUUUUUCUAUUACUUUUUUUUCUUUUAUUUGCUUUUAAAUCUGUCAAUUUUUUAUGAUUUAUCACUCUUUUUUAAUAGCCUUUUAAUAUUUGGUCAUUUAAAAAAAAAAAGGGUUAAAAUACUUUUUUUUUUUUGCUUUUGGAUUUGUUAUUCCUGUUACAAGAUUCUCAUUGAUAUAUAUGUUUUUUUUUAUAAAAAAAAGAAAUAGUGAUAUAUACCUGUGAUAUGUGAUACAACAAUAAAAUUGUGUAUAUUCAAUCGAUCAUAA